GAUUGACUGCUACAGUAUCAAGCUAGAUCUCAGUAGAAAUGAAAGCCGCUGCGAUGUCCGUGUGGAUUUUCAUCAACCUUCUAUGUUUUGGUAUGUGUGGUUAUUUGUAUUUGAUAUGGUCACAAUACUGGAUGAGUAUAGAAAAACAGAGACUGUUCAGUAAAUUUCAAGACCCUCCAAAGACCAUCGCCGGUAUAAGUAUUCAAGAGACGAAAAACGUUCGUUCACUUAUAAACAUUACGGUGUUAAAAUUUGAUAGUGUGCGGAAAAGUAGGAGAUCAGUGGUCGCUUUUAAAACUGGUCAACUGAUGUCGAAUAACAAAUCCUCAUCGCACGACCGACCGUCCAAUAACAUAGUUGUCAAAAGCCAUGGCGUUCCGAGAUUUCCAAAUAUCCACAAACCGAUAUUAGAAUUCGACAGCGAGAAAUACGUCUGCAGUGAUUACACCACACAGGAAUGUAAAUUAAAAUCGAAGGAAUUCAAAGAAUUGCUUAUGAAAGAAUUUCACCGUGUUUUGAUGAGUGAAAGCAAAGUUUUUACGUCUGGACUGGAUUCACAAAACUCUUACGAUGUCAAAUAUGAUAGAGGAGCCCCUAAGCAUGAAACUAGAGAAGACGUAUUGUGUGUUCUUAAAAAGGUGUUUGUACGAACUAUAAAAGCGCAGGAUGAGCCUUUUGCAAGUUUAGGAUACCGCAUUCCAAAGAGACCAUUGCAAGAAGGUCGUAUGUUUAACAGUUGCGCCGUUGUAACUAGCGCUGGUGCCUUACUUGGAUCUCGUCUGGGAGAAUUCAUUGAUACACAUGAUAUGGUGCUGAGAUUUAACAACGCUCCGGUUGAAAACUACACUGAUGAUGUUGGCUCUAAAACAACUUUUCGUAUUCUAAAUUCACAGGUAGCUACUAAGCCUGAGUUUAAUUUUUUAGAGGAUCCUCUGUACAAAAAUGUGUCAAUACUAAUUUGGGAUCCGGCAAAUUAUUCGUCCACUUUGCAAGAAUGGUAUCUUCGCCCCGAUUUUCCAGUAUUUUCCGUUUACAAAAGAUUACUGGAGCGUCGUGGUACAUCAGAUGUUCAUCUCCUUAAUCCACACGUUCUGUGGGAUUUGUGGGAAGUGCUUCAAGAUUCGUCAACUUACCGACUAAGGAGAAAUCCUCCGUCUUCUGGAUUCAUUGGGCUAUGGUUCGCGUUACACCGAUGCAAGCGAGUUCGUGUGUUUGAAUACGUGCCCUCGGUGCGAGCGACGCGAAGGUGUCAUUACCAUGCAGCGGGCGACGACGUGGGCUGCACUCUCGGAGCAUGGCACCCCCUAGCACAGGAGAAGGCGCUCGCACACCGCAUGAGUGACAACUCCGACCUAGAUGUAUUCCAGCGAGGCUUUAUUGAUGUAGCCGGUCUGAGAACAUUACAUUGUUAGAUUAUGUGGAUAUCCUCAGGGCACGCAAGCGGAAGGACUUGCCAUGGGUGAAAAUAAGUGACAACCAUUGAGUUAUAUGUAGUAGGUACGUAUUAGAGAAUCUGGAGAAGCAACAUAAACAUGAAGAUUUUGCUGCAACGCUAAAACAUUAGUUAAGUCUACUUACUUAUAGGUAUUCGUAUUCUAUCAAAAUAUUUUGCAGCACUGCAUCGCAUAUAGAAUAUUGUUUUCUUGCGAGCAAAAUCUCGUAAACGCCAUGAAAUACGUAACGCUUACGCGUUUCGAUCAACAUGGUGAGCUAGCAAGACAGUAGCAACUAUGAAUUGCGGCGAUAUCGCUGCAGUUGAACGGAACGCAGUAGUGAUGAGUGGUGUCUUCUUUAGUACAUAAUAUAACUCAAUGGUGACAACUGAUGAAGACUACUUGUAUAACAGGCUUAGAAUAAUAAUAGAAUCUAAAGUACCUAUAAAGUUGUGUAGACUGUUGAGACGUAAUGUUGGACUACUUUAUGUGAUCCAAUAUUUUAGGUUGUUGGUAAUUUUGGAGGUUGUUUUGACUUGAGUACAUACUCAAAGAAUGAUUUCAAUUAUUUUACAAAGGAAUUGAUUUUCAUAUAUUAAUAUAUUAAGGCUUAUACAAUUUACGCGUUAUGGAUGUCAAUAAUUUUAACCAUACAGGGUGCUGGGGAGUAUUGCCCAUAACUUCAAGAUGUUGACGAGUUCACUUAUAAGAGCACUGCAUAACUAUUUUUUUUAAACUAAUAAAUUAAAACUUUUUAUGUUCUCAUACAAAGUAAUUCAAAUAAUUCCGACUAUCCACGCCUGUAACAAACGCCUUUAUGUACUGUUGCAUUUUAUAAUUUUAAAGUUUGGCUACUCAUAAUUAUAAGGAUGUGGGACACAUUCUAAGAUUUAUUUACAAAAGAAAUAUUAUUUACUCCGAAAAUAUUAAUUAUAGAACACAUGUUCUUUGAACAUUUUUAAUUAAUUUUCGGUAAAGAAUAUAACCCUAGAGUUAUGGGAAAAACUCCCCAGCAUCCUGUAUGAUGCUUUAGGUUAUAUUAUACAUAUCUGCUGUUUGGACUUAAUAUUUAGCUGUGAAUAGCCGUCCUCAUAUUUCAGUCUAACAAUACAAUUUUGCUUGUCCAGCAAAUUGCAGGCUUACGCUGUAAGAUUUAGUACCUGCUAACAUUAUUGCAACCUUUUAUCUCAGACAAAUAUGCUGAACUUAGAUUUGCAAUAUUAUCUGCACAGUUUGUUCUGAAGAGUUGAACUGUUCAGUAAAAUUGUCCGUGUGUAGUGUCUGUCAGUUUUGACUGUGCAGUUUUUUCUAAUGUUUUUUAUUGAAUUUGUGAUUAGAAAAAACUGUACAGUUAUAACUGCGCAGUCAAAACUGAAGGUCUAAAGCACCUUACUAAGAUCAAAAUAAUGAUCUUAUAAAUCACCACAAAAAAGCAGCUUCCAAUAAAUUCUUAGAAUACGCUUAUACAACAAAUCCUAUAGUAUAGAAAAGAAAUGUUAAUGCGAUAUAGUAGAUAAGAAAUGUAGAAAGCUUUGUAAAAACUAAUAGAUUUUCUAAAAUUAGAUUAUUUAUGGGGUAAUUUAGAGUAAAUAUUAUUUUAUAAUAAGCUAAACUGUUAUAUAUUUAUAAUAUUAUCUUUAUUAUUCGAUAAUAUGAGUCAAUAAAAUACAGUUGUGUUGUGUACGAGUUGUGAAGCCGUAGAUUUCAGUAUGUCCAUUUACUUGUAGUAGACUUCAACGAUCGACCAAAGUUGCAACACUAUCCGAGUGUUUAUAAAACUGCCAUAAUCAUAAGAAUUUUUAAGCUCCUUUCACAUUGGCGCGGAGCAAAAGCAAAACGUCUUGACAUGUGUAAAAAGACUUUGAAAUAUCAAUUUUAUCAGGAUUUUUUCAACUUAGUUUGUGCUUUUGACUUUCUAGUAGACGUUCUUUGUUAGGCGUGGCUAUAUGUCUUUAAAUUUACAUGACACUAUUUCUAACUUGAGAUACUCGUAUUGUUUAUGAUAGGGUUGUUAAAUGAUGUUAGUAUUUAGUGAUGCUGCGACUUCGACUCUGCACCCAUGUGAAUGGAGCCUUAUUCUUUCAUCAGCUAAAAGUUGAGUUUAUUUAACCAUAGGUACAUACCUACUAUAACGAUGAUUAAAAUGGUAAGCAGAAGCUAGAUAGAAUAGUUACGUGUUACUUAUAGUUAAAAUUAAUGAAUAGAAACUGCCUAUCCUAUAUGCAGUUUUAUUUGUAGGCAAACUGAGUUGGAUUGCAUUUUUGCAGUUCUAUACCUUGAAUAUUGACAAUAAUAUAGAGGUUAAGCUAUUAAGGUUUUGAAGUAUUCUCAGAAAGAACCGAAUUCGACUUAUUUACACGUAGUUUAUACAGGUUUUUGUUCCAGUAAGAUAAUCUAGGAAUGUUUUAUUGCUCAUGUGAAGUACAGUUCCAUAAUACAGAUCCCGUUACAUAAGAUAUUACGCCUAUAUUUGGUAGGCGGUUACUUUAACGGCCCAAAUUAUAUCGUUGUUUGUAUACGAAAGUUUACCGAACAUUGACAUUUUUUGUUAUUUUUUUAUAGUAGGUAAACAAUGAACCACGCACAUGGCCCAAAUGAAGUUAAGUGAAAAUCCAUAUAAACUAUUAUAACAAAGCGGCAAAGUUCGUGGUAUAGUACGGAGUAAUUUCUGGAUCUACAGAACCGAUUUUCUAAAUUCAUUUAAUACUUUGUUGUUUGUACACGUUAUUUGUGAGUUUCACAGGCUAUGUUUUCAUCCUCGUAUUCUCACGGGAACGGGGACUAUGCGGGUGAAACAGCGGAGCGUUGGCUAGUCGCCAAUAAACAGAGCGACAUUUCGCAAGGUAUGCAAUUAGCACGUCUUAUAAAGAGCUACUAUGUGUAUCAUUGAAACGAAGUUGUUAAUCCUUAAAUGCCUGUAAUAACAUUGGCAACAAUGCCUUUCAGACCGAAAAACUGCUACUUUGCUACUUUGCGGCAGAAAUAGCAUGGCGGUAUACAUCCUCGAAGCUCUGUCAUAAAAAGCUCUAUUAUUAGAAUAAGUACUAUUUUCCAUACAUAAAGUAGAGCCACGCUAGCCCAUUAGAUAUGACCUCUGCCUUUGAUUCGGAAGGCAUAGGAUCUAAUCCGGCCGGGGCAUGCACCUCCAACUUUUCAGUUUUGUGCUUUUUAGAAAUUAAAUAUCAUGUGCCUCAAACGGUAAAGGAAAAACGUCGGGAGGAAACCUGCUUUACCUGAGAAUUUUCUUAAUUCUCAACGUGUUUGAAGUCAUCCAAUCUGCAUCGGGCCAGCGUGAUGGACUAUUAUCUUAAUGUAAAUGAUGAUACCUAUGGUAGAGUUGACAUUGUUCGCAAUUUAUAUUUAAAUUUGUUUAAUUUGUUAUUGAAAAUCUACUAUUAUUUCAUAUAAUCAAUAUUUAUUUGUAAAUUGAUAAAAUUAGUAAAGGAUACUGACUGCAAAACGCACAGUUAUUUAAGUAUUAGUCAUGCUGUAAACUAAUUAAGAUGCUUGUUAAUUGAUGUUAACGCAUCUAGCAAGAAGAGUUAAUAAUAAAAAAAAAAAUAAAAAGAUCGCAUUUCCGUCCUAGCAGAAAACCAUGCGGAUAACAAUAAAAGCAUUUUACAUUCCCUUAUCUAAUCAAGUAUCGUAGUUCAACGAAAUGGUUAUUAGACACGAAAGGCAAUUUUUCUGUGCUCUUCAAAAGGUAAGAAACGUAUUUCGUAUCCAAGAACAAGUAAUCACGUAUCGAAAAUUUUGAAGCUUCUUCUGCUAAAACUGAGAGUUUUUAUAAUAACUAAAUAAGCAAGCCUGAGGAAAAUAAAUCGGUUAAUUUCUCUGAUCUCUACACCAGUCUUAGAUAACUUGUACCAUUUUACAUGACUUUAAGUUUUAUUGUUAACUCUUCAUGUUAGUUUGUCUUCCUACACAAAGUUGUACUGUAAUAAAUCCGUUAGUAACGUUA